UAUCACUAUGAACAUAGUCAGAAGAUUCUUUGGCUCCAAGAAGAGAAGUACUUUCCAAGAGGAGGGCUUCACCUCUCUAGAGAACGAGACCAAGGAUGAAAUGGAGAAACCCCUCCUGAAAGUUAAGCAAUAUAGGAAGAAGAGAAAAAUUGGAACCUCAGGCAAGCAAUCUUCAGAGCCGAUGAAAAAGCAGAAGAGCUUCUUUGGCAGCCUUGGGCUGAGAAUUAAAGCAUUUACGGAUAUGACUAAGCAACAUAUGCGACUUUAUAAGAAAUGGAGAAAUGCAGAGAUGCUAGCGUCCUAUAUGAGCGUUCUUGCUCUUUUGUUUGCUAUUCUUGAGUAUGAGUAUGCGUUUAGUUAUCACUUUGAGCACAGAGAUCAGCUGAAUCAUACCAGGAACUGACUCAGAAUCAUUGUCUGUAGUCUUUCCUUCCUCAGCUUCUUAAUCAUAGUUUUUCGUUAUUGAGUUAAGAUCAAAUGGUCGAAUUUGCCGAUUCCUAAGCAAACAAUGAAUCUGCAUUAUAAUAAUGAUUACACGAACUUAAUGCGUAGGAACAGAGAGAAGGGUCUUAUCACCACUAAGUUCAUAUUUGAUAUAAUAAUCUUGAUUGUUUGCCCAAUACCUUACUACGAUUAUACUAUCUAUAUUAGUGAAUAUAUCGCAGGGUCUCCAGUGGCAGUCCAAGCUCCAUAUUUGGUCUCAGAUUUCAUAAUCGUGUUCAUGUUCUUGAGAUUGAUUAUUCUUGUCAGGUUUAUCUUCAACCACACUGAGUUCUCGGACCCGUUUGCUAAGAUACAUUGUGAGAGGCAUGGAUUUACUGCAAACACGAGGUUCUCGUAUAAAUGAUAUCUGAUUAGAUACCCGUUCAACACUGUUGUAUUUACAACUUUGUCUUCUAUUUUUGUGCUCAGUUAUAUACACAGAUUAGUAGAACAGCCUUUUGGCAAGUUGUACAAUGACUGGAAAGACGAUUUGUUCAUUGACAAGAUCUAUAUGACAGUAAUCACAAUUGUCACAGUGGGGUAUGGAGACUUUACACCCUACACAAGAUUUGGGAAGAUAGUGACAAUUUUCACCACCUUCUGGGGAGGUUACCUCAUAAGUAUCCUGAUUGUCUCUGUAAACGGCAUAUUUUCACUAACUUCCUUCGAGAACAAUGCAUUUAAGAAGCUUAUCAAGAUGAGAUCAGCAGUGGCCUGCAUUGUAGCAGCUCUCAGAGUCCAGGUACAGAAGCGUAAAUAGGAAUGAGAAGGCAUUUGAUGGUAUGAACAAGGAAUUCCAGAGAUCCUCUCUGUCUUUUUUCUUCAAGAUAGAUACUAUUGACGACAAGGUUGAGAAAGCCAAAAGACAACUUGUGAUGAACCUUAAGAAGUUCAAGGAGAUAUCAAGAGAAGCUGAUUUUUGAAACCCAAGAGCCAUUGUCCGAUCUGAAUCAGGUUUGAAAAGGAACAGAGUCAUGAAGUUAGAGGAUAAGCUCAAAAAACUGGAAGAGAAGAUUGACUACUUGUGAGCAAAAGAUGACGAGAAGAAACUUAAUGAAUCCAAGACCUCUGAAGAAAGCGAAUCUCAGGUAGAGAUUAAUGAAAAUUUGAAAGUAAUUGUUGAGAUGUUGGAGAAAUUAUCCAAGAAUCAAAAGAAUCCUAUGAAAAAAUAAGCGGUGCAUGUUUGAUGAAUUACCUCCAAUAUAG